CGCGCUGUUGACUGUGCGGGUGAAGAUGGGAGAGUCGCUCCUGUUUUUAGUGGGUUUUCCUGAGAAAUGAGCGUCGAAAAACAGCAGCAGAUUUAAAAACACAGCCGCACCGCGACUCGCUUACAGCAUGGAGCACAUUAUUACCCCGAAGGUAGAAUAUGUGAAGCUGUUGGACAGAUACGCUACCAAGAAGGCAGCUACAGGCACGUUAUACCUGACCGCCACUCACCUCAUUUACGUGGAACAAGCCAACAACGACCGCAAAGAAACAUGGGUUCUCCAUCAUCACAUCUCCUCCGUGGAGAAGCUCCCUCUGACGGCGUCGGGCUGUUCGCUGCUCAUUCACUGCAAAACCUUCCAGCUGCUCCACCUGCUGAUGCCCAGAGAGAGAGAAGCUCAGGAUGUGUUUCAGUCUCUGCUGCGUCUGUCGCAGCCAGUGAAGGUGGAGGAGCUCUACGCGUUUCUCUACAACCCCCAGCAGAGCGAAGCUGAACGGACGGCGGGAUGGAGCCUCGUCGACAUGGCGACCGACUUCAGCAGGAUGGGGCUGCCCAAUGAACUCUGGGAAAUCAGUCACAUCAACAGCAGCUACGAGCUCUGUAGUACGUACCCAUCAGUGCUUGGCCUCCCUAAAUCUGCCAGUGUUGCUACGGUAACUGGCAGCGCCAAGUUUAGGAGCCGCGGUCGGCUGCCUGCGCUUUCCUACUACCACAAAGACACUCAGGCAGCGAUCUGUCGCUGCAGCCAGCCGCUCUCAGGUCUGAGUUCACGGUGUAUCGAGGACGAGCAGAUGCUGCAGGCCAUCAGCCAGGCCAACCCCAACUGCCCCUUCAUUUAUGUAGUGGACACUCGACCAAAGCUAAAUGCUAUGGCUAACCGUGCAGCGGGUAAAGGCUACGAGAAUGAAGAUAACUACGCCAACAUCAGGUUCCACUUCCAGGGCAUCGAGAACAUCCAUGUUAUGAGGAGCAGUCUGCAGAAACUGCUGGAGUUGUGUGCUCAGAAGUCUCCCUCUAUGAGCGAUUAUCUGACCGGACUGGAAAACUCCGGCUGGCUGAGACACAUUAAAGCUGUGAUGGACGCUGGCGUCUUUCUGGCCAAGGCAGUGGGUGAUGAAGGAGCGAGUGUGUUGGUUCACUGUUCUGAUGGUUGGGAUCGAACUGCUCAGGUUUGCUCUCUCGCCUGCAUCCUGCUGGACCCUUAUUACAGAACCAUCAAAGGACUCAUGGUUCUAAUAGAGAAAGAGUGGAUUUCGUUUGGGCACAAAUUCAAUCACAGGUGUGGUCAUCUGGAAGGUGACCCCAAAGAGGUUUCCCCUGUGUUUACUCAGUUUGUGGAGUGCGUGUGGCAGCUGUCGGAGCAGUUCCCCUGUGCCUUCCAGUUUACCGAACGCUUCCUGUUGACCAUCCACGAUCACGUCUACGCCUGCCAGUACGGAAACUUCAUCGGAAACUGCCAGAAAGAGAGACAAGAGAUGAGGCUGAAGGAGAGGACGUUUUCUCUGUGGCCGUUUCUGCUGCAGCAUCAGGAUGAGUACCGCAACCCUCUGUACAGACGCUCCGCUCACAACAGCGUCCUCAGACCGAGCACGCUGCCGCUGCACUUCAAGUUUUGGUGUGGGAUGUAUAACCGCUAUGAUAAAGGAAUGCACCCUAAACAGUCUGUCCUGGACACGCUCCUCACUCUCACACACCAACAGACACAGGAGGAGAGGACGAUGACUGAUCUACAGAGACAGCUGGCUGUCGCUGACGGAGUCCUCCCACAUCCAGACGGACCAAUCGGCUCGCCUCCUGAUCACAACAGUAGACCCAAAGCCCCGCCCACCGCUUCCUCAGACCAGUCGAACGGAGGCUGCACCUCUUUGACCAACGGCGACGGAGCAGAGGCGGAACCGUCCGAUCAGAAAGAAGCGGAACCACAGGCUGCAAAGGACAAACCUGUUUCUAUGGUAACCCAGAAUUCCAAGGAGGAGGUGCAGGGAUCCUCCUGAAUCUCCCUGGUAACAAAAAGCAGCGUUUGGACCAAAGGGAGGAAACACGAGCUGUAAUUUCCUCACAUUCUGCCAGAACAAAGUUAAAACCAGCCUAAUACACUAUCAAAGGGGAUUUCAAGCCAAUGUUGAUGUUGAGGAUGUUUGUUUUCUGCCAAAAAAACCCAAACAAACAUCCCUAAAACAGGGUCAUAUUAAUCCUUAUAGGCAUUUUUUGCAUUUUUUAAUAAUGUAAAUAACAUUUUGAAAUCAGGGAAACUGCAGGAGGGUCAUCGCAAACCCUUCUUGUUAUGGAGUCUGUCGAUAAUGAGUGAAAUUAAAAGAUCUAGAAGCUUUUUUUUCACAGAUCGUAGAACAAUUAAACAAAAUUGCAUCACGCAAAGACGUUGGAUGCUGCCAAAGAACGUUGACUGACUUCAAUGCUCCACUGAUCAAAUCCAUCUACUGCCUUAUGCAGACGUUUGGGCACCUCUGAUCAAUUUACAUGCUGAUUUUCUAAUUGCAAAUAAGUAAACACGUCCUGUACAGUCAAUACACGUGAAUACAGCUCAUCUCUGCCAACUCAAGUGCACAGUUUCUGUCUGUUUACUAUAUUUAACAAAUUUGAAAUAAUAAUAAUUACAAUAAUUUGUCUUUACAGUGGUGGUGAUAGGAACCAGGGGUCGC